CUGGGGUCCUCAGUCAACGUGCUGCGGAACGUUUGCGUGCGCAAUGAUCUGAGAGGCUUGUUUUGGUUACACGUUUUUAUAUAUUUGGAGUGACGAAUACGAUUCCGCUGAUAUUAUUGAAUCUUUACCAUGAUGCCGGGGGAGAACCAGUCCAAAGCCGGAGGAAUCGCCUCUGAAGCAACUCCUGGCACCUGUCAAAACUGCACUGUUUUAAAUCAGAACUUAGAUGAAUAUGUGGCUGCUUUGUUAACUCUCAAGCAAAAGAUCGUCGACACGGACCGUCUCUUGAGUGAAUACAAAGAGAAGUGUGAUGAGCUUCAGAAAUCACAGAGAGAGAGCAGCAAACUGCACAGACAGCUGGAUGAGGUGCUACUGAAGCUUGAGCCCUUAGAGAAGCAAACAGUGGAGUAUGAACAGAUGAAGACAGAGCUAGAGAAAAUUAAGGCUGAACUGAAAUUGUAUCAGCAGAGAUGUGAAGAUGUUGACAGACUGAGAGCUGAAAGUGUUCAGACACUUUCUCUGAAAGAAAAAGCUGAAGAAUCCUUAAGACAAGCAGAGGACACCGUGCAAAAGCAAAACCUGGAGAAUGAGAAGCUCAAAACAGAAAUAAAAUCACUGAAGGAGGAUCUGCAGGAAACUCAGGAUUCUCUCAGAAAAUAUGUUCAGACCACUGAGGAACAUGAGAAUCUCAAGUUGGAGAAUGCCAAGACACUAAUUAUGAAAGGAAACCUUGAGAAUGAGCUUUUGGUGCUGAAAGAGUCAAAAUUUCAACGGGACAAUGAAAUUGGUGUUCUAAACAAUGAGAAGAGAAGACUUGAAGAAGUGCUCUACACAACACAGCAAAGACUGAAUAAACUUGAGAAGGAGUUCAACAAAGAAAAAAAGAGUACGUCUUCUCAAACAGAUGCAGAGCCACUAAUUGACAAAGGCAAAGUCAGAAUGCUGCUGGAAGAGCUUUGGCAUUGCGUGGAAACUUCAUCCCAAACACAAGAAAAAUUGUUUAUUGCUGGAGAAGAGGCAGCACCCUUGAAGAGUCAACUUAAAAGAAUACCUCCUCAACCACUGCUAAACAGUCCUUUAGGAAGACCGAUUUCCCAUCCAUCUCCAGGGUAUCCCAGUCCAGAAACUAAGUUGCAAUCUUCAAAACUCUCCACGCCUAAAUCACCUCCAGCGAUCAAUAGGCCUACACCAUCACCUCAAAAACUGAAAAAGCAGAAUAAUGACCAACAGUUCAGUGCACCAAGUAGAAAGAGGAAAGUAAGUUCAGAUGUGCUUGAACAUGUGAACACUUGGACCGAUGAUGCCAAUAGACCUUCACUAAAGGAAAUGACAGAUGAAGAUUUCUUACAUGGAGAUUACUGUAUUGAUUUGCAGGGCAUUAAAGAGUGGUUCAAGCCUUUGCCCACAGCUUUAUCACCUGUGCAUAGCCCCUCAAUAGAGCUGGUCAGUGUAAAUGACGACCAACCAAUGUCCGAUACUGAACAGGAAUAUCAAUCAGAUAAUGGAAAACCAGAAGCACUGUCAAGGUUACAUAAAGAUAUUCUUCAAAACAACACAAAAUUAGAACCUUCAGAUGUUGAGGAUCAGAAGUCCUCAGAAGUCCUUCUUUUUCCACUAAAAGAAGUGGAAAAAUCUUCUGUACUUUUGUCCCCAAACACUCAAGCAAGAUCAGCUGUAUCUGUUGAGAAUUUAGAUCUUGAAAACACUUUGUCUUACAGCCAACACAUGGAGGUAGAGAAUGUGUUUGAAGGAACGAAUGGCUGUGUGGCCAACACUCAGACUCAAACUGCAAAGUCAGGUAUAGAAAAUGGACACAGUGUGGAAAGUUCCGUUGAAAGUGACACCACACAAACUGUGGUAGAACUUCCGCUGAUGAAUCCAAAUGAUGACACAACAAAAUUGGAGGAUACAAAAAUCACUAAUAAUCUUGAAAACUCAGAUCCUCAGCAGGAUAUAAACUCUGAGCUAGUGCACACCAAUUCUAUUGAUUCUACAGAAAGCAAAACUUCUCAGGUACAGCCCAAUGUGACAUUGGAAACUAAUGUCAAGAGCGUUUCAACACUUGAUGUGAACUAUAGUACAUUAGACAGUAUUGACAAUAAGGAAUCAAAGAGUUGUGAACCACUAGAAAUGAAGACUGUUGCAGAUAUAUCAACUCAUGACAUUCAGAACAGACUGGCUGGCAAGGCUGACCAAUCUGAAUAUAGUGCUGAGGAUAAUGUUUCAACGCCUACAGAAGAUCAGAAAAAUUUGGAUGCAAGAGUAAAUGGAGGUGCAUGCCCUUUAAGACCCUCAAAGGCUGAAGAAUCAUCAUCAGAAGAUGAAGGAUUUUUUGGUUUGAAGAUAAAGGUUAGGGGUGUUCACACAAGGUCAGAAGGAAGAAUCCCCUCAGAAGAGUUGGAUAAUGUUCCUGGAAAUACGCAGUCAGAAAUUGACAAAACUGUUCAAAAGUUACUGAGUCAAGAAAAUAACCCUAAGGAUACCGAAGAAAAUGAUUCGACUAUCUCAGAAAAAACAUCAGUGCAAAUGAAUAAUGAAUCUCAACAGACAGAGGAGAUGUCAACUGAUACCUGUAGACCUUGUGUCAAAAAUCUAGUCAGUGAUGUUUAUAACCACAAGGAAACAUCAGGAGAUUCUGCAGUAGAUAGUCUUGAGGAUACCAGCACACCAUGCCAAGGUACUCUGGAUGCAGAAUAUUCUACUUCUGAAAACGGUGACAAUAUUUCCCUUGCUCCAGGUCUCCACACCCAAACUCAUAUUACACCACCCUCAUGUUUAUCUCUUGGAAGGGUUCGAACAGAGAUGGGUCCACCCCUACCUCCAGUGGUUAUGCCACUUACUGCUACUCCUCCAAGGUUUGGAAAACAUAACACUCCUUUAAAGCCUACUUCAAUAUCCUCUGGAUUACCAACAGAUGAACCAAUGUCUCCUAAGACGAUACCUUCCGUGCCUGUUAUCGAUUCAGCUCUUCCGGAUGCCUCAAAAAUGUCUCCGUGCUUGACCACUCCAUCGCCGUCUUGUGGAGUUCCCUCCUCACCACUUCAGUUUGGAUCAGCUACUCCAAAACAUGCUGUUCCGGUCCCAGGAAGGCUGCCGUCAUCUGCCUUAUCCUCCUCCCCUCCAGCCGCUUCUCAGGAAAACUCCAUGCAGAUGCUGGAUACUAUGUAUCCUGACCUCUCUGCACGAGCCCGCACAUUAAACAUACUCCGUGGGAAUGUUAACCUGAACCGAGCUGGCAAUGAGAAUGGUACCUCCCCUCCUUCUGUUAACCAGAUAUCAGGAAAUAAAACAAUCAGUUCUUCAUCUACUGCCUUUACCAAAACAGAGCAGAAACCAAAAAAGACAGGUGUGAACAUGCUUUUGCCAAAGAGUGCUAAAAGACUCAGACUUGAUAACUGUUCACCUGCUCCUCCUGGUGUUGAUUUUCCUGCAGAACAAGUAAAGGAUCAUCAAACGGUUAUUAAAACAGAGUCCAUCCAAUCUCACCAAGAAAUACAAAGCAGUCAGCAGAUCAUUGAGAAAAAGCCAGACAACAACACAAUGGACAAAAAUAGUAAAAUCUCGGAAGCACUGGCCAAAGUUGGAAUGUCCUGUUUUGAUGUUUUGCCUGUUGUUAAGAGCCAUGUGUUCCUUGGGAGAAUAUCUCAGGUGCCAAUUUUGAUUGAUGAAGAAAAGGCUGUAAUUGCUGAAUUCUGUGUAAAUCAGUUUUCAGCAGAAAAACUCAUGUCUGCCAUAUUGACUAAACUAAAGACUGAGAGGAGCAUUCUGAGUUGUGAAAAUAUACAAGCUCUGUGUAGAGUCUACACCGGGAUAUGUCGCCAGAUAGGAGACUAUCAGAAAGCCCAUGCCUUUGCAUACAACAUUCUCAAAGAGGAUUUUCCUGAUGCCUCCAAGCUAAUUUUGUUCAUGGUCACAACAUGGCCAAGUGUGCUUUUCCAUGAGACCUCCUUGUGCAAAGCCAUUCAUACAGUGGCCAAGCUUAAAUCAGAAAAAAAAAAUUUGGAUUACCUAACUAAAUAUCUACACUGGGAUAAGAGUCCUCCUGAUGACAUCCAAGAAUUGAUCAGCAACACACUGAAGGCACUUCAAGAAGACAAAGCUUUGACAUUCCAGAAGCAUGAUCGUCAUGGUCACGACCUUUGCCCAACUGCUUGGGAAUAUAUAUAUACCUUGGAUCUCUUGUGUACACACAUGAAGUGGAAGUGGACGCAUGAUUAUGUUAUUGGCAAAGAGCUAUGGCCCGUAAUGAACACUUGGGUGACACAGUCAAGGCUUCAGCAAUCCCCAGUUCGUGAUGUUACUGUAGCAGCUGUUCUGCGAUUGAUCGGACGACUUGGUCAGUUAGGAAUGAAGCAGAUGCUAUGCAAAUCAGUCCAAAACGUUGCAAAAGCUAUAAACCUUUUUGGAAAACAUGGGAUUACAGAAGGUGUGCCCAAGGAGGUGCAGUUGUCUGCUGUCUAUGCCAUUUAUGACCUGGCACCCUGCAACCCCAAAGAUUCCCUGGAGGCUUUGGCAUCAUGGCGAAGUGAAACCACACAGUCAGUUCCUGCUGCGGUGACCAGCUGCAUCACUCAGAUUGGCUCCCUUUGUCGUCAAAUUAAAUCCUGAAACAAAUUUUUUUAUGCUGUUUUUGUGCAUUCUUUUUUUUUAAACAACCCUCAAGCUGUGACUGUGCUCUGGUUUUGCUCUGUGACCUGACAGAAUGUUUGCUCAUUGGUUACAGAAAAACAGAAAUUAUGCCAUUCUUGUACAUUGUGUAUAUUAUGUAUGUAGAUUAAAGAUAUUAUGUUUAUACCAUAAAGACCAUUUGUAUUUAACUUGAA